UGCGUUCCGCUCCGCUGCAGUUGGAGCCUUGGUAUGGCUUGGAUCACAGGUGAUUUCGACCAUCAUGGGCUAGCGAUGUCACUCAGGUAUGUUACACGAAUCAGCUGUGGACUGAUGAGGAAUGUACUGACGCUCAACCAUGCUGGAGAGACUGAGGUGAUGAAUUUACAUUCCUUUUAUUCAUUGGGCCCAUCUUAUUUUAGGGUGCCAUAUGCCAUCCUAUGCUUGUGUUCUCGAUCAUUUGGGUACUUCUGAAUAUGUUUGAAUCUCACAGUUGAUAAGUUAAUGUUGCUGUUGGUUUAUGGUGAAUAAUAUUUUAUCAUGAACGCCUAUAUUGCUGUGUACAACUGACCUUUUUGAACUUAAAGCGUCACAUUUAAGUGAUUAUUUUUAUAGGUGGCAACCUUUUGUAGCACGCACAUUCAUUUCAAUGUUAGACAGUUAUGUCUUGGAGAGAUGGCCACACCCACUUUUCACUUAAGCUUCGAUCUCACUAAAAAUACUGUAUCUCCUAUUUGUCUAGUAGUGAAAAUCAAACUGCCAUCUUUUGCAUCUGUGGAACAGUGGAACUUGUUUGGAAACUCUACUGUCUAUCAGUGCUAUGUGUGCUGUUUUUUCCUACCCUAUCACCAAUGUUACAUAAUGCUAUAUAAUAUCAAACAUUCUGGGUGUGCAGUCUGGAUGUUGCUUUAUGUUACUCAAUAUGACUUCCCGUCGUCUGAAUGUGAGUUCCUUAAUCACCAUGGGUGUAAGUCUAUCAUUGCACCCUCUGCCUUUCAUUGUCAGUGGGGGUUUAACUGCACAUCUUUUUUUUAUUAUUAAUAUUCUUUUUAAAGAUUAUUUUAUUGGGCUUUGUAUGCCUUUAAUUGGACAGGACAGUAGAGAGAAUGACAGGAAGUGAGUGGGAGAGAGAGCUGGGGUGGGGGAAUCGAACCCGGUUCGCCGGCGUGCGGUGCAGGUGCUCCAGCCAGCCGCACCACGGCUUGGGCCUAACUGCACAUCUUGACUUGACGGGAUGUAUACAUCUGUGUCUGUGUUUCACUCAUCUUCAGAAGGUCUGCCAUUUUUGUUGUUGCGGUUAAAUGCAUAUUUUCUUAUGGAUACUAUGUUAUGGACAGCUGCCAAUUCUUUCUGCACCUCUGUCUUGCAGAUGCAGUUGGCUGGAUACCGGGUCAAGAAUGCUUGAUGAACGCUUUUUGUCUUUUCUUAUUGUGCUUUUUUUUGUUGUUGUUGUGCUUUUUUUGGUUUUCUUGCUUAUGAUGAUCCUGUCAACUGUGUGGUCAUGAUGCCUGUUUCAAAUCAUAAUAAACUAAAUAUUGUGUCUGUGUGUGAUUUCUUACAACCUGCAUUUACACUGUGAUCAACAAUCAUGCAUAUAUAUAUAUAUUUAUGUUUUUACUUGGUGUAUCAGUCAAGUGAACUCCCUCACUUCACUAAAUCUCUCUCUCUCUCUCUCUCUCUUGCACUAUUUCAGAAUGGGUCGAUUUACUAGAACAGAAAUGCAAGGAUGCUGAUGUUGUCUGUAAGCUGAACACCCUGCAGGAUCUGACGAAGAACUUGACAGCGUCUUCCAGAUUGCCGCCUUCGGUUUUGUUCCGCUCACUGGACGCGCUGCUAGAAGCUCCCCCGGUGGGCCACGAGGACGCCGUGCUCCAGCUCACAGAGAUGCUGGUGCAGAACGUGGAGACCUCCACUGUCACCACGCAACACAGAGAACACAUCACAAACAACAACACAGAGGUGGACAUCAUGCAUGUAGGACCAAAUACUUCCCUGACAGGGUCCUUGCAGCUGAAGACCACUGACAUUGUUCUUGAAAUUGAUCUUUUGGGAAUCGCACAAAACAACAAUGGUUCAGCAUCUGUGGUCCUCUUAACUUCCAACCACUUGCACACUGUCUUCAACAACAGCCAUUUCCAUACAGCAAAUGUGAAACGCACAUACAUGGGUGCCAAAGUGGUGUUAAUUGGCUUGCCCCAAGCAAUGGUCAAGACCUUGUCCAAGCCAAUCAACCUGACCUUUCAACACUUUAAUGUCUCAGACCCAGCGGAUAAGCCUGCCUGUGUGUACUGGAGUGAGGGUGCUUGGGCCACGGACGGCUGUUCUGCCAGCGAGUCCAACUCCACACACACAGUGUGCUCCUGCACCCACCUGUCCACCUUUGCAAUGAUCAUGCAGACGAACCCAACCACUGAGCAGAGUGAUCCUGUUGUAGAGGCACUGGGUGCAUUUUUCGUGCUUGUCGGCCUCGUCUUCCUGACCCUAGCCUUGUUGACCUUUGCCCUCUGCCGGCGCAACUCCAGAGUGACCAACAUGGCGCGGCUCAACCUCUCCGUGUGCCUGCUGCUGGCUCACGCCCUCUUCCUCCUCACUCAGACGACCCUUCGCCUCAUCCAGCCACUCAUGGCCCUGUGCAAGCUGCUGGCCGGCGUGCUUCACUUCCUGUUCCUGUGUUGUUUCGUGUGGAUGUCCGCCGAGGCCGUGCUGCUCUUCCUGUCCGUCCGCAAGCUGCGGCAGAUCAAGGCCAAGGACCGCACGGGCCCGCACUGGCGAUACAAGCUUCUGAUUGGCUAUGGGAUCCCACUGGUCAUCGUGGCCAUCUCUGCAAUAGCCAGGCCUGACGGACACGGAAGUGACAAGUGCUGGCUGGUGACAGAGAAUGGAUUCAACUGGAGUUUUCUUGGUCCUGUCUGCUUGAUCCUCUCUGGAAAUAUCAUACUCUUCAUCAUCAUCUUCCUCACCAUCCACACCACUCUGAAGUCGGCACGCAGCGAAGCCUCUAAGGUCAAAUACACCAGACUGCUCCUGUUCAAAAUCAUGGCCCAGUGCGUGAUCCUCGGCUGCCCCUGGAUAUUCCUGAUGGCCUCAAAGGAGAGUAGAGUGCUGGAGGUCCUCUUCGUCUUCCUCACCUCCCAGCAAGGAACCGUCAUCUUCCUCAUCCACUGUCUCCUCAACGAUGAGGUGCGUAAGCAGUACGCCACCUGGUGGCAGAAUUAUGUGAGCAGCAAACUCCAAAGCGGCUCGACCUCCGUCGUCCUCACAGCAAUGACUCAACAAAGCAGCAAUUCACAGACUGGACACACCUCUCUGAACACCUACACCGAAGCCGAGCCUGACAAGGGUGAUUAGAGUGUCUGGGUGGAAGUUGCUCAAGACUCGUUAGAGGUGAAAUUCACAGCAAAUUUUUCCGUUUUUUUUUUCCAAGCUGUCCAACUUUUGCCAAGUUACAGUUUUUCUUCAUGGCAAAGAUGUACUUAAAGAAAUAAACUUUUUUUGUGAGUCAUCAUUAAAAAACAACAGUUUUUCAAUAGAAUUAGUAUUUUUACAGUUUAAGUGCAUCUUAGCCAUUGGGGAAAUCUGCAGUUGUUUUGACGAAGCAUCAAAGCAAUACAAACUUCAAUAGACCUCCAAAGCUGUUGCUCAUUAGUCCAAAAUGAGUGUCAUAUUACAACUAGAAUGUAUUUCAAUUAUUAGAAUUUGAUUGGUGGUUCAAUUGUGGAAAAAAUGUAACAGAUUUUGGGAAUAAAAAAAAUACAUUUUACUGUAUUUGGAUUAGAUUUCCGAAUAUUCCUCUUGAUUGACCAAAACUGACCCUUUUCUAUGUGUAAACAUACAAAGUAAACAUAACAAAGUAAGCCAUGCCUUCUUAUGUUUUAUUUCCAAUUUCAUAACUUCACAAAUGUGUAUUUAGCCUGUUUUACUUUUUAGAAUAAGCAUUCUCUGUUGAUAUUGUUAUUGUUAUUUCUAGUAGCCUACAUAUUUCUAGAUGGAAGUCUAGUCUAGUCUGUCUUUUGCAUUUUUUCGUAUUUUUUUAUUAGGUUUUUGCAUAAAAUGUAGUAAGAAUGUUGUGUGUAACAAAUGUAUUCUUCAUAUGAAUAUGUAUGUGUUAUUAUUAAAUAUUGCUUUAAUUAUAUGGGUACUAUUAUUUCCAUUAUUAGAUUUAAAUUGUUAGAAUUUGAUUGGUGGAUUGGUGGAGGAAAUUAUAACAAAUUGUUUUUGGGGAAAAAAACAAAAUAUGUUAUUAUUAGGUGCAAAUUGGAUCUCCAAACAAUCCUCUUGAUAGCUUGUUUUUAGCUUGUUUUAGUAUAGCUCAGUAUUACUUAAAUUGCAAUACUGAUUACAUUGACCCUUUUCUAUGUGUAGAAAUAAAAAAUAAGCCAUGCCUUCCUACAGUAUGUAUUUUAUUUCCAAAUCCAUAACUUCACAAAUGUGUGUUUAGCCUAUAUUUCUGUUUUUAACUUUUAGAAUAAGCUUUCUCUGUUGAUAUUAUGACUGUAAUUUGUAGUAGCCUACCUAUUUUUAUGAGAGAUUUUUUUCUAUAAACAAUUUCCAAGUCUGUCAUUUCCAAGUCUGACAUUUUUUUUAGGUUGUUGAGUAAAAUGUUUUAACAAUCUCAAAUGUAAUCUUCACAUGAAUAUGUAUGUGUUAUUAUUAAAUA